AUGUUUGCUCUUUUGAUUUGCAUCUUGACACUGCGUCAAGUGCACUCCGACUGUGUUUUGGCUGGGGACAUUUGCACAGAAUACAAAGCAGUACAGAACGAGAUCGUUGACCUGCAUAAUGCCUUCAGGAGAGCCGUCCAGCCGACUGCCUCAAACAUGCUGAUGAUGAUCCACAGUGAGGAUCUGAGAGUCAACUCUCAGGCCUGGGUUGACCAAUGUAUUCUGGCUCAUGGCAAACCCAGCACCGCCUUAGGAUAUGAAUGUGGCGAGAAUAUGUUCUACUCAGCCGUGCCGUACUCAUGGACGGAAGUCAUCAAUGCCUGGCACGCUGAGGUGCAACUCUACCAGUAUCCUGAAGGCGCCACCAACCUUACUGGUCACUACACGCAGGUGGUGUGGUUCAGUUCCUACAAAGUUGGCUGUGGAGUUGCACUCUGCAAUGACGUCUACCUGUAUGCCUGCCAGUAUUACCGAGCAGGAAACUUCAUGAACAGUGAGCCUUAUAAGUUUGGAACCCCGUGUGCCUCCUGUCCUAAGGACUGUGUGGAGAACCUCUGCACCAACCCUUGUCCUUACACCAACAAGUACAGGGACUGUCCAUCCCCGACAGAAGUGACUAGGUUCACUUGA